AUGCUACUUUCCUACUUAAUUGGAUUUAUGAAAAUCAUAAAUCAUGGCAAUUCAAUUAAUCACAGAUUCGAAAUGCAUUUCAUGAGCUUCGAUGAGGUGAACACUAAGCGUGCCAGUGCUUUAGACAUUUGGCUUGUGCCAUCUGCCGCUGCUGAACUAACAGAAAUGGAAGACCCCCCCUAUCAAACCAUGGAGAUAGGGGAUAGGCUGGAUUUGCUAUGGAGAGUCAUUGUCUUUGCUGCUUGUUUGGCUUGUGCCGCUGCCAAGCCUGGAGUGCUAGCACCCACCACAUUUGCCGCUGCUCCUGCUGCUGCUGCUGCUGUGGCCUAUGCCAAUGCUCCUCUUUAUGCUGCUGCAGGCAGCAGCCAAAUCGAUGUUCGCCAUAAUUUCGAUGGUAGCUUGUCCUCAUAUACCACAGCUCCCUUUGCCUAUACAGCUCCCUAUUCCAGUCGCUAUGUCGCUGCCCCUGCUGCAUACGCUGCUUCAACAGCUUUUGCUGCUCCCGCCAGAGUUAGUGCUCCAGCCGCUUUCUCAUCCCCAGCUGCUUUUGCUCAUCCCUCAGCUUUCGCUGCCCCAGCUGCUUUUGCUGCUGCAGCUCCUAAACUGGUUGGCCAGUAUGCCAGUCCUUUCGCCAGUGCUUACGCAGCUCCUUAUGCUGCGCCCUAUGCCGCCUACAGCACUGGUUUUGCUGAUCCUGCUUUUGGUGCGCACGGCCACAUACUAGCUUAG